UAUAUGGCUGCAAUGCUGAUAAAAAUGGGUUGGAUGUGCUCCAUUUGGGUGAUAUUUGCCCUUCCGGUUCUCUACACAAGGAAAACAGCUGCAUAUGAAGGAAAAAGCCUAUCUGCAUCUGGCUACCAUCGAUGUAUUUACAACGAGACCCAUCCUGUGAGUUCCGUGGUGUUGCGAAGGGUUCCAUAUACUGUGAUCCAACCUUGCAGUGGCUGGCUCUUUUGGACAACAUGUCCAGUGACACUUUUCCGAAUAGUUCAUCAGACUGAGUACAGGAUGAUGAUGGUGCAGGUGACCAGAUGUUGCCAUGGUUACAUGCAAGUUGGAAGUUACUGUGCCCUGUCUUUAAAUCGCAGUGAGGAGUUCACGACCAAACCUGGAUCCUGCCCAACCACAGAUGGAUUUUCUUCCAGCCUUGAUGACUGUGACUGGGACAUCGAUUGCCCAAAUUGGCAAAAGUGCUGCGAGAGAUCAGGUCACUUUCUCUGCGAUAACCCUGUAAGAUCAGCUAAUUACACUGAGAAUGGGGGAAACCGUUUCAAUGCGACAGUGACAGUGAAGACAGAUUACCACCAACUGAUGAACAAUGAAGCGCUUCUCAACCACACAAGAUUACUUCAAGCAAUGGUAACUGGAGCGCUGCAGUCUGUCAACCUUUCAGUCUAUUACCUCGCCUCUUGGCCCGUGCAUCCGUAUAGAACUGCGACCUCGCUGUUGAUAGACUGCAGCUUUGUUCGUCCACCGCACAGCGUCACAUCAAAGCUGCAUUUCCUCCUCAGACACAUACAGGAGGUGUCAGCUGUGACCGUGGAAGAUGUAAAUGAGUGUGCACAUCCCGCUCUCCAUCAUUGCUCUCCACUGGCACAAUGUAGCGACACAGUGGGCUCUUACCAGUGCACCUGCUAUGGAGGAUAUCUUGAUGUUGACCUUAGAAAUCCAGGAACUCAUUGUGCAGUCUCCCCUGGCAUCAGCAGAUUGCAGGCUGCCAACGUCACUGGCUCUUCUUUUUGUGUGUACUGGUCCACCCUAAUCUCAACAAACCAGACUUACUUGGUGGUUCUGAGUGUGGGCUCCGAGGUUAUUUGUAUGUGGACAACUGAGCAGACCGUGAUGGAACUAAGGGAACUGCAGCCGGGAGUGCUCUACAAUGUCACUGUUCAGCUCCACGCAAACAAAAGCCAUGGAGAUAUUCUUUAUAUUGCUGUCAGAACUGAUGCUCGAACUCUCGAUGCAACCACUCGACUUACCAACAUCCCGUUCACCGAUGACCUGCACAAUACAAGCAGCCAGGCCUACAAAAAUCUCACUGCGGGCAUUUUAGACGAGAUCUACCGCUCUCUGACCCAAGCGAUGCGGGCUAUGGUGAAUUCCGGUCAGGUGAGAAUCGAGAUCAGGAACCUUUCCCCAGGCAGUGUGCUCGUCAACUUCACUGUGAUCUUCAGCCCCAGUCAAGAGCAGGACAUCCAAAAUACAUCCACAGCACUACUCUACUCACUGAUGAACAGCUCCAUAUACACUGUGGAUGAAAACAACACAAGCAUCAGUGAUUUUGAUGAAUGUGUUCCAGGGGAAAAUGACUGUUCCCAGUGGGCUACAUGUACAAACACCUGGGGCUCCUACACGUGCUCUUGUCUAAAUGGAUUUCUGGACACAGAACUACAAAGGCCUGGUAGAGCCUGUCAAGCUACGAUGAGGACCACAACAUUACCAUCAACAUUUUCCUCAGUCAACACUUCCCUUUUAUUUCAAAUAACAACGUCGAUGUAUCCAGCUCCAAAUACGAUUGGCACUACUGUAGAGGCAAUUACCGCAAUCACCCCUGAUGAAAAAGCCACCACUAGUCCACCAACAACCACCUCCAUCGCACUAGUAACUGCCACCAUCGUAGCAACAACCACCUCUAUCACAGCAAGAAUUGCAACCAUGGUCACAACAACCACCAAUAUUGUACCAACCACCACCACUGAUGCGCCAACGACCACCACAAUUGCACCAGCAACUGCAACCAUCCUACCAACAACCACCACUAAUGCGCCAGCAACUGCCAACAUGGUACCAGCAACCACCUCUAUCACACCAACAACUGCAACCAUGGUACCAACAACCAUCUCUAUUGCACCAACUACUACCACUGUACCAACAACCACCACUAAUGCACCAACAACCAUCAGCAUGGUACCAACAACCACCACUAAUGCGCCAGCAACUGCCAACAUGGUACCAACAACCACCUCUAUCACACCAACAACUGCAACCAUGGUACCAACAACCAUCUCUAUUGCACCAACUACUACCACUGUACCAACAACCACCACUAAUGCACCAACAACCAUCAACAUGGUACCAACAACCACCAAUAUUGUACCAACAGCCACCACUAAUACGCCAGCAGCUGCCAACAUGGUACCAGCAACCACCUCUAUCACACCAACAACUACAACCAUGGUACCAACAACCAUCUCUAUUGCACCAACUACUACCACUGUACCAACAACCACCACUAAUGCGCCAGCAAUUGCCAACAUGGUACCAACAACCACCUCUAUCACACCAACAACUGCAACCAUGGUACCAACAACCAUCUCUAUUGCACCAACUACUACCACUGUACCAACAACCACCACUAAUGCACCAACAACCAUCAGCAUGGUACCAACAACCACCACUAAUGCGCCAGCAACUGCCAACAUGGUACCAACAACCACCUCUAUCACACCAACAACUGCAACCAUGGUACCAACAACCAUCUCUAUUGCACCAACUACUACCACUGUACCAACAACCACCACUAAUGCACCAACAACCAUCAGCAUGGUACCAACAACCACUUCCACUAUAGCAACAACCACCUUCACUUCACCCGCAUCCAUUUCUGCAGAACUAACAAUCCCCACUAUCGCGGCAACAAGCUCCACUAGAGUACCAACUACUGCCUCCACUGUUUCAACAAGCACAUUUGAACUAACAACCGGCACCAUUGCAACAACCUCUCAUGGAGUAAUUCCGACCACGACUCCACCCACAACUGCCAGGACUGAGCACACGACCCCCGAUACAGACCUGGAUUCCAAUGUUACACCCCAUAGAACGUAUUCAAUCGUGAGUGAUAUUUCAGUUGAUUGUACAGUUACUGGAAUGACAGUGACAGUUGCUAGACAGUUUCUAGUUAAUAAUAACAUCAGGGAGAACACUCUGUACCUGGGCCAUCAGGAGUGCGGGGUCAGCGGGUUCAAUGCCAGCCACGCUCAGCUGAUCGUGAAGUGGAAUGAGUGCAUCACAAUUUUGGCACAAAAUGAUUCAUAUUACAUGGCAUCUGUAACACUGUUCAACACCAUGGAAACUUCCACGUCGCCCAACGGAACGCUGGAGGCACCCAAACUGCGCCUGGAAGUUCCCAUAAUAUGCACCUACAUGAGGAGCAUGCUCAUCUCUGCUGACUUUGGCUCCACGGGGUAUGAAUUGAUCCAAGAUGUGAUCUCAAGCUCCGGGAUGUUCCAGGUGACAGUCCAGCUGCUGAACGGUACUUUUCCACUACCUUCCAACUCCAGCUUGUCUCCAGAGGAGGCUGUGGUGGUGGAAGUGAGCACGAAUACUUCCGCAGAACAGAUCAAAGUAGUGAUCGACUCAUGCUGGGCCACCCCCUCCCAAAAUCCGCUCGACGACAAACGCUUUGUCUUCCUGGACAGCAGAUGCGCCCUCAACACGUACACCGACGUGCUGGUGAACGGAAACUCCAGCACAUCUCGUGUGUCUGUGCAGAUAUUUUCUUUCGUCGAUGUCAAUUUGAUAUAUCUGCACUGCCACGUUCAAAUCUGCAUGAAGAUUGGAUCUGAUACCUGCGUGCCUGACUGCGUGCAAAGAACAGCUCGGUCUUCUAACACCAUUGGAAGAGCGUUCGGGUCUUCUGGGCCUUUGCUUAAAUCCGAGGAACGAUCCUCAGAGAGUGCAAAUGGCAGACUCCAACUGAUCGGACUGUCCUUCCUCGGAGUCGCUGUGCUUCUCUUCUUCGUCAUUGGCCUUGCCUGCCUGUUCUACUAUCAAAGGAAUCGCAUUGGGCAUUACAACUUCACUGCCAAAUCCAAGCCUCUGAACAUCACCCAUAUUGAAUUGAAUGCUUAAGUCUCAAAAGUUACAUGCUUUGACGACCCGCUGAAGAGGACCGAGGUGGGCGCAGGAUAUCAAUGUGGCACAAAUGGAGCCAAUGCGCAUUAUGCGUGUAUAAAUAACCCCGCCAUCAAACACGAGUCUCAACGUAGCAUGGGAGGACGCGACGUCGCUACGAAUGCUCGGCCGCCCCAAGCUUCACCGUAGCUUCUGGAGUAUCGAAGCUAUGAUGAGCGACCCAAUCAGAGCAAAGCUCAUUUACAUAUUAUCGGAAAAGACCGACUACAAUAGCUUGAAGAAGGACAUUUUGGGCAUUUUCAACCCAAAUGAUCUUGAAAACCCGAUAAAAGCACAUCAAAGAUUCUAAAAAUCAAAUCGAAUUAAUUGAUGGAAAGGGAUAUUUAAAUAAGCAAAAAUGAUGAGACAAUUGAUUAUAUUUUAUAUAAAUAGCAUUGUACAGUCGUUGCCCCCGACCCUGACCUCUGAACAAAUAGAUGGAUAUUACUUUUCAUAAUUAUUAUACCUAUAUACACUAUUAUACAGGUUUUACAGAAUAAUAGUGAAAAUAUUUUACAUUUAUUA